AUGGCCGUCGAAGCUCUCACGGAAGUCAUUGCCCCAGAAGGCGUCAAAGCAAGGCUUAUCGCAACCAGGGCGUCGGAUAUCACGCUUCCACACGCCGAAAAGACAGACGGACGAAUAGUGCCUCUCAAGCAUCCGGCUGGAAGCAAAGUUGACUUUGGUGCUGAAGUGUACGGAAUCAAUCUGAACGAGCUCACUGACGCAGAUUUCGAACUGAUCUCUGAUGCCUUGCACCAACACAAAGUCUUGAUUUUCAAGGAGCAGCCGGAGAUGCUUAGGCCCCAACAGCAGUACCUGCUGACUGCAAACUUCGAUCCUAACGAGACGACGGGAGGUUUCGCACAUGGCGCUGAUCCGUUCUUGACCUCCCACAAUGGCGUUAACAUCUAUGGAAUUCAGAGCAGACCCGCGGUUCCUGUCCAGCCGCAAGUGCAUAUAUUGGGACGAGGCGAAGUUCCCGAGGAUCAUUAUCAGUUUCCUCCCGGAUUCAAGGUCAAGGGCAUCGAUCAUCGCGAAUUCCAUCUCCCGCCUCAUAUUCCCCAAGAGGAACGCGAGAACGGAGCCAGUAGGUUCUAUCAGUGGCAUUGGGACGGAGCGUUGUACAAUAUCCCGCCUCCGAGGGUGGGCUGCUUGCUGGCCGUCAGGACUCCGAAGGGGCCGGAUGUCACUGUCCGCUGGGACGAUGGGACCGGGACAGAGAUGAGAAUCCCACCCGGUGCAACCGCCUACAUUGCCGGAUCCAGAGCUUUGGAACUUCUCGACGAAGAGACCAGACAGAUUGCACUCCAUUCGCGGAUCGAGUAUGCGCCGCAUGCCUUCAAAUGGAUGUCCACCGCCCACAGCGCCAGACUUGGACAUAUCCUGGAAACCGAAGGCCUCGAGCUGCCGCGGGAGAAACUCCCACCCAUUGACGAAAGCAAGAUUUGCAUCUACCCGAUGGUGUGGACCAACCCGAAGACCGGCGAAAAGUCCUUGCAGGUCCACGGUCAAGGAGCGGUCAAGCUGUACCUCAAAAGUCGCCCGGAUGGAGAAGAAAGGAUUGUCGAUGAUCUGAAAGAAGUAAGGGAGUUUAUGCACAAAAUCAUGCGGCCAGCAAUCUCGCCCGAGAAUAUUUAUGCCCAUCCACACCAGGAGCAAGACGUUGUUCUUUGGUACAACCGCGCGUUGUGGCACAGCAUUCCGAUUCGUUAUCAGCCGCGAAGAGCGAAAGUGAGGACCCUAAUCCUGAUCCUGAUCCUGAUCCUCACAGAAAGAUCGCGCAAACUCGGCGGCAUCGAAGCCUCGACGACGAGGACGUCGUCGACUCCUAGGAGGGGGAGUGCUGUCUCUGUCUCUGGGCGCAGCAGCAGCAUCAUCAUUUGGCCUCUUUCGACUCUCGACCCCGACGCGGUUGUUGUCCCCGAUCUGCUUCUACAGCGCACGCAGGACUUUGACCCCGCGGCCGGCGAUCAUGCUCUUCUGCUGGCACAGCCGGAGGUGCUCGAGCGUGUGGUCGACCAGCUGCAGCUGGAAUUUGUCGUCCGGGUCAGAGGAGGGAUUUCGAGCAAUGCGGCGAAGAGUGGAGGCAUCGGGCUCGACUCGUCCCUGCUGCUGGCGAGGUGCUCUUUGAACAUGGCUUUGGACGCGGCCAGGCAGGUCCGCCGCGUGAUUUCAAAGACCGGGUUGGUGGAACUGAGACCGAGAAGCUUCCUAUAA